UGCGAGAGUGUAUUGUAUACUGUCGCGGCUAUCUGCUACACGAAUUUUCUUUCCCCCCACCUCCGGUUUCUGGGUGUAUGGAUGUGCGUAUGCCUAGGCGAGUAUGUGUGUUCGAUUUUUACACCGAGUUCGGGUUAUCAAAAUCUAAAAAGAAUUCGGCCUGCACGAAGGGGUCCACCUUCUCCAGUCAAGACAAAUUGUCGUCGACCUCACUCACUCACUCACUCACUUCCCGAGACCCAACCCUCCUUACACCCGCAUUUCAAUCUCCGGAAUUUCUUUUAUCAAACCCCUUUUCGACCCUCUUGCCACCCUCGAGCCUCUCGCCACUAUUACCGAAAACACUUUCCAAUUGUUAUAGUCUCCGCCUGACAAUCUUCCGAGUAGGUCUUCGCCGUUUUUCACGGUGUUUGUUCGACAUUAAAUAUCGUCUCCUAAUGAUCGUGUGUGCUGCUGACCAAGCCUUGCCUCAACAGUCCAGGAUAUGUGUCACAUUCACGCAAAUGACGUGGGCAAUGCAUAAUAACAUUAGACUAUACCUUUAAGUCGGAAUAUUCCCUAUUAACAGCAAUCAACUACUUUGAAGAACGUUUCGUCCGCCUCUUCGUCUCCCGAAUAGAUAUUCGGUAAAAUGAUGGUGUGGAAACGAGACUGACAGAGAUUUUAUUGAGACUGGAGGGGCUCGAGGAAAAAGAAAGGAUACGGUGAUAAGCAGGUGUGAACUGUGGAGGAGGCCUCGGCCACCCAUACAGGACGUCUGCUACUAUGCCCGCUUUUCCCAGGCCCGGUAGCCUGAAGGACCCUGAAAUAGCUGUGUUAUUUGAGAAAAAUGAUCCGGAGAAAAUAUUUGAGGAUCUACGUGAAAUUGGGCACGGUAGCUUUGGAGCAGUUUAUUACGCGCGAUGUCUCGUCACGAGGGAAAUUGUUGCCAUCAAAAAAAUGUCUUAUCUCGGCAAGCAGACUGUCGAGAAAUGGCAAGAUAUUCUCAAAGAAAUUCGAUUUCUUCGACAACUCAAUCACCCCAAUACUAUUGAAUACAAAGGAUGCUACCUCAGAGAUCACACUGCAUGGCUUGUGAUGGAAUAUUGUCUCGGCUCAGCAUCUGAUAUAAUAGAAGUCCACAAACGGCCUCUGAAAGAAGACGAGAUAUCUGCAAUCUGCGAAGGUGUUCUUCGAGGCUUACACUAUCUUCAUUCCUUAGGGAGAAUCCAUAGAGAUGUGAAAGCAGGAAAUAUUCUACUGACUGAGAAUGGUACGGUAAAGCUGGCGGACUUUGGAUCUGCCAGCAUCAAGUGCCCAGCUAACAGCUUUGUAGGCACACCGUACUGGAUGGCUCCCGAAGUUAUUUUAGCCAUGGAUGAAGGACAGUAUGAUGGGAAAGUGGAUGUCUGGUCAUUAGGAAUCACGUGUAUUGAAUUAGCUGAAAGAAAACCACCUUACUUUAACAUGAAUGCCAUGAGUGCUUUGUAUCAUAUUGCUCAAAAUGAUACUCCGACUCUCAAUUCACCAGAUUGGACAGAUCUAUUCCGAAACUUUGUAGAAGUAUGUUUAACUAAAAAUCCAAUUGAGAGACGUACUUCGGGCAAAUUGCUGUCGCAUCAAUUUGUGACUAGAACACGUUCUCCGCACGUCUUGAUCGAUCUGAUUCAGAGAACAAAAGCUGCCGUGAGGGAACUGGAUAAUCUCAACUAUCGGAAAAUGAAGAAAAUACUAAUGAUUGAUGCUUGUGAAACCGAAAGUACGGUUGGAGAUGCUGAUGACACACCUGACGAGCAGACCGGUGGUGACAGUAGUAAAAGCAAUUCCAUAACAUCGGAGCACUCGAUUCAUUCAAUGGGUGUUUCGGCAAGUUCUCAAAGUUCCUCCACCAAUAGCUUACCGCUGCCAAUUGCUGAUUCAAAUGAAUACUCGACUGGUUCUGUGAGGAAUCGUCACAAGAUUUCAGCUGGUGUUACUGCCAAUUUAAUCGAACAUGGUGCUAAUAACUUUGCCACUAUUAGAACUACGUCAAUAGUCACCAAACAACAAAAGGAACAUAUGCAGGAAGAAAUGCAUGAGCAAAUGAGCGGCUACAAACGAAUGAGGCGGGAACAUCAAGGUGCUCUGUUUACCAUGUUCAUUUGCCAUUGUUUUCAGGUAAAAUUAGAGGAACGUUGUAAAAUGGAGGUUGAGUCCCACAAGCAAUUUUUGGAUAAAGAAUACGAAACGUUACUUCAACAAUUUAGCAAAGAGUUAGAGAAAUUACAACUCAGACAUCUUCAGGAGUUGGAGCGAAAACUAAAGCAAAAUCAAAAUGCGGAAAAGAAAUUGCAGAAAGAAAUAUCCAGCCGGCAAGAGGCUGACCGCAAAGCGUUGGAGGCUCAACAAAAACGUGAUUACAAGGCGUAUAAGGAACGGUGGAAGAGGGAGCUAUCGCAAGAUGAAGUGACGCCAAAGCGACAGCGGGAUGCUACACUUCAAAGUCAUAAAGAUAGUUUACGGCAGAUGGAAGCUCAAGAUGAGCAAAGACUUGCUAGAGGACAACGCGAAUACCUUGAUCUCGAGAUUCGUAAAUUUCGUAGAAAAAAAUUACUCAUUUUCCAUAGUCUCGAACAGGAACUCUUGAGAGAGGAGUUGAAUAGAAGGCAGCAUCAGCUUGAGCAAGCUCACGCAAUGCUACUGCGUCACCAUGAAAAAACCCAGGAACUUGAAUACAGACAACAAAGAGCAGUACACGCACUUCGGGAGGAACAGGUGCAACGGCAGCAUACCACAGAAUUGUCCAAUCAACAGGAUUAUAUGCAGAGAGCUGAACGUGAUUUACGCAAGAAGCAUGCACUCGAACUUAAACAACAACCCAAAAGUCUGAAGCAAAAGGAAAUGCAAAUACGCAAACAAUUUCGAGAGACAUGUAAAAUUCAGACGCGUCAGUAUAAAGCGCUCAAAACACAGAUAUUACAGACCACUGCCAAAGAUGAGCAGAAAGCGGUGAUUAAAAAACUGAAAGAAGAGCAGAGACGAAAACUUGCUCUGUUGGGUGAUCAGUAUGAACAGAGCAUCGCUGAAAUGUUACAAAAACAAAGUAUUCGAUUGGAUGAAUCACAAGAAGUUGAAUGUCAUCAGCUCAAGGAGAGAUUAAAUUAUGAGCUAGAAAUUCUGAUGGCAUAUCAGUCAAAGAAUAAAAUGCAAGCUGAGGCUCAGAGAAAUCGAGAACGACUUGAAUUAGAAGAUCGCGUUUCAGUACGGCGAGCACUUCUUGAACAAAAAAUGGAGCUGGAAACGCAGCAGUUCUUACAGGAACGCAGUGAACGAAUCCGUUUGCUCCAUGAAAGACAGGAACGUGAGUUGCAACAAUUUGAUGAAGAGAGUGCAAGAAUUGGUUUCAGUGCACUGGCGAUAGCAGAGGCAUCAAAAGAGUCUUAUCCCGAUGACGAGAGCCUUAGCGGCUCGAUGCUAAGUCUCGCUCACAGUAAUAGCUCCACAUCCUUCCCCCCGAAUAGCCUCUAAUUUUAACUAUUAUAUAACGUACGUCUGACUGCAGUUUGUGCUCUUGAAUUGACCUCCUAAAUAUUUGCUAACUUAUAAACAAUGGUUGUCAAUUCGUUGUGCCUGCACCCAUACCUAAGAGAACAGGAGAUUACUGCUGGAUAUUAAGUUAAACAUGAGAUAAUCUAUUAUCUGAACUAUUAGCCGAGAUGAAAUUCAAACAUAAACAAUACAAAGCCCUUUUAUAUGUACAAAUGAACUAAGUUAUCACACGUUUUAAACCUUUGUUCAUUCAAACAACUAACUUCCUAGUACGAUUUGCUAAGAUAGUUGAUAUUUUAAAUGAGUCUAGGUUGUGGUUGUGCAAAACUACUGUAAAGGUAUUAAAACAAAACGUACUGAACUUGAUAUUUUUAUAGCCUUUCUGUAACUACAGUUUUCUUUUGUAACAUAUAUUUUUUGUAUUUUUUUUAAGUCUUCCAAUACCACACCGUGUAAACAUUGAAACUACAUGGUGUAAAAGUAAGACCUGAUUAGCAGACAUAUUACAUACAUGUACACAUAUUUUUGUUUUUAUUUGCUAUCUGGACCAUAUUCAUCCGAAAAAAUUUGCGUAAAAUCAGAAUCACAGAAUGUUAUAUGAUUCAUAGUAAUCGUCACGAUGCAUGAUAUAAUCGAUAGUAAACGUCUCAUGUUUGCUUUGAUAUCCAGUACACUUUCCAAUUUUAUACUCUUGAACCAUACUGUGACUUUCCUUUCCUUCCCGUUCCUUUCCUUCAUUUCUUAGUAUCUCUACUACCUGUAUUUGUUAUAUAUCUUUUAUCUAAUUCAUUAAUUAAAUAAAUAAUACAACGUCAGAUGAUUGUGACAGUUUUAAAGCGAGAUUAAGAAAAAAAAAUUUUACUGAUUGCAAAAAGUAAUAUACGCAUAUUCAGUAUAUUUGAUUACGUAAUCACUACACUUUGCAAAAAUAGUGAUAAAAUUGUUACCAUUUCUAAUUGACUUCGUUCAUUUGCUUGUUUGUUAGUUUUAUUUGCUUUGGAACUUCAAAGAAACUGAAGUCAGUUAAAACGUUAUUUGAGACUGGUAGUGGAUGUUCACAGCUACCGUAGUCGUGAGAUUGCUUGUCUGGAGAAAAAAUCUGUGAAAUUCGAUGAGGUAAUAAAGACAGUUAGAGAAAAUAGACCUGUUGUAUUAGUUUCAAAUAUCGAAAUUGACAAACUAUUGAAUGAAUUCAAGCUAACUAUUAAAAAGUAAAUAUAAAGAGGGGGAACAAAAUGUUUGUGCAAUAUGAUCCUAUCAGUUUAUAAUUCACGUGUAUUAAGAUUAUUCUUAUUUUUCAUUUGAGUGAGUACUUAUUUAAUUACUCUGACAAUAUGCUAAUUGUUAAAGUCAUGUGAGUUAUCGAGUAUUAGCAACUGAAAAUAAAGACUUUACAAUGCGAAAGUUGGCUGGGUUUAAUGAUGAAAGAUUGUCACUACACUAACUAGAUAAAUGGGUCGUUUGCAAAGAUGCAAUUGAGGAGGUGUGAAGUAUGUAUACAAUAUUUAUUAAUGAAUUAUUCAAUUAUGUGUUCAAUUAUUGUGAUAUAAGUCUUUGCAAAGAGAACAUGGAGGUCGCAAUUGGCUCGGAUAUAUGUUCAGUGAAUGAUGCUUGUCAAAAUUGUCACAAUCAACUGAAGCUACUACCAUUAGAGUGGAGCGAUAUGUACAUAUACAAAAACACGCUGAACGUAAUACAUUAUUAAAGUGAAAAGUAAUAAUAAAGGAAAUUGAUGUAAAUCAGUAUGCAGUGAAAAAGGUAGGAGAGUUUAGAAUUUAUUGUCAGCUAAUGGACUAUUUUGCAAACGUCUCAACAUGUUACACAGAUGCUAAGAUCGACUCGUGCUAUUAAAGGGUCGAUUUCUAUGGUGUUUAUUUGAAUGCAAUUGAUGAAAAUUGAAAAGAGAAAAGAAAUGUUAUAAUAUGAAAUCGAUUAUUCCUUUUUGGUAUUGUACACUCAUCUUUUCUGUUACUUUUCAAUAUUGACGGAUGAAAUCAUUUGAUCUGCAACUUAAGAAAUCGGGUCUUACAUUUAGCACAAAUUGUUAAUCUUGUACUGCGGUUAUACUUGAGAAAGUUAAUUCCAUUUCAAUCGUAACUAUUAUUUGAACUUAGUAAAAAAAUACCACUUUGGAAUAUCAACUUUCGAUGUUGUCAGCAUUUGUAAAUAUUUGUUUGCUAUGUUUAUUGUUACGAAAUGGAACUUUAGGUAAGUUGAAUAGAAUUUUGUAGACAGUGAUGUUUACGGAUACUCUCCAAAGUUACGCUUCAUCGCAGUAUCAGGCUUUAACUAGGCAAAUUGUAAUUUCGUUUCACGUAGCGGUAUUUGUUAUGUAAACCGAGGUCUAGAAAGUUAUAGAAAACUAAGCCUGAGGGCCCAAGUUGAAAACCAAUUUUUUGGUUGUAGUAUUUUAUCGUGAAACCGUUACUACGAUACCACAAAAAGGGAUGACGUUAGUAUUGCACUGAUGUAAACUCAAGGUUUAUUGAAUUUUCACCAGCCUGUUCCGUUAUCAGCAUAUUCAUUCCACUUGCUAGACCAAAACAGGCGCUCUUAAUUUAAUUUUAAGAACAUAUCUAAUAUCAUGCAACUAAAGUAACGUGAUAAAAUACUCUGCUUAUUGUUUCAACAUCUUACAACUACAUUUUAUUCUUUUUAUUGUAUCAGCAACAAUUCUACAAACGAAUACCAGAAUAAUGGUGUUCAGAUUUGGUACAAUGCUGUUGGAAAUUUCUAUAAAUUAACAUUAUGUCCUACCAUAAUCUUUUAUGCCUAAAGAGUGAUGUGUUGGUGAUAAAAAUGUUGAUGGUCUUUCAUUCCAUUGAUCUCAAACAAUCUUAAUUGACCUGUCAACAUUACUGAUCAGUAGAUUGUUUGUUACAAAUUUUUGUUUUCAUCUUGAAGUUCAAAAUGAAUGCAUAACAGUGGAUUUUGAUAAAUACAGGAAUCUCAAAGUUUCAAGUCACACUGAGCAACCACGCUGAAGGUUUUAUUUGAGCACAAAAAAUAACAUAUGAAAAAAGAUGAAAAAUGUAUUUAGCACGAGCUUCAGUACACAUCGAAUUAGAAAAAUGUUCAAUUAUUUAUUUAUAACAAUCAUCAUGACUCAUGCUUGCUUCCUCAGAAGCCAGUUUACCUACCAAAUUUAUUUAUUCAUAUAUAUUCCACUAAUCAUACAAUGUGAAGUGAAUAGAAUACCUGUGACUUCAACUUCAUAAAUAUCACGUUCAAGGUAUAAACACCUGUAUCUCUAUGAUGUAGAUAAAUUUAGUGUAUUUCUGUUGAUUCACAAACAUAAAAACUUACGUAGUUAGUGACAAUAGAAACCUCAAUUGGUAUACUUAGCAAUUGCAACGUGUUCCCUAUUUGUGUAUCAUGGGCCCUGUGUGAAUCUAAUUUGUGAGCUUAUCGUAUGGUCAUACAUGCUCACGUAAAAAAAGUAAAAUAAACAUAUACUUGAUUAUAAACAGAAAUAGGUACAUACGAGUAUAGAUAAAUAUUCUCUAUUAUUAUAUAAAUAUAUAAUUAAACUAAAGAAAACCAAUACCUUUAUAGCAAGUAACCAAUCAAGAAAAAAAGAAUAAGCAACGCACGCAUUGUCAGUAAUCCGAUGUAUCGUCGGUCUUAAUAAUUAUAAUAAUUAUUAUGAUAAUUAAUUAUUUUUAUUUUUAAGUUUAGGUAGAGUAUAAAUACAUUUUUUAACUAAACUGAUGGAUGGGGGAGAGUGAGCGUGUGCUACAUUAAAACAAUUAGACCAACAUUUGUUAUACGCACUUUAGCCACUCAAAACCACUAUGCUGAUUAGAUAAUAAAAAUUGAAAAUAUCAAAUCAUAUGU